AUGGCCGCCCACGACGCAUCGUCCCUCCGCGAUCUCAAGAACCACAUCAUCGGCAACACCCAGAACAAGAUCGCGCUCGCCCAAGACUCCCGCCAGCUCGAUCGUCUUCUCGCCGUCUUACACCCCGCCAGCGAACCUGCACUCCUCAAAGAAGCUGCCGCCGUGGUUGCUUCUGUCGCGAAUGCCCCAUCCACAACCAUUCCUCUGGCGCUCCUCAAUGUCCCAGCUCGCAUGCUGCUACUGACGCGCGAGAUCAUCACCCAGCCACGCCACCUGCAUACCUUUCGAGAAGCACUUCCGCACAUAUCCAGAUCACUGCGGAACACAAUCGUUUCCGUAGCAGACGCUCUGUGGGGCGAUCUAUGGGGGGCCGGCCCAGAAGGCGAGAUCGUUAGCACUGGUCUGGAAACGGAUAACGCCCUUCAAUCCGUAGACGACCACAGAUAUAGUGAUAUUCUCAGCAGCUGUCUGCAGCAUAUUUUAGAGCCGGCCCACGCGCACACCCUUCUAUCGCUCCUCCGUCACCACGAUCCACAAGUCUCGCUGCCCGUUUACCAUAUACUGACUCGACUUUCGGCCUUCCCGUCGCAUCGUCAACGUAUAUUGUCUUGGACGACGUCCCUCUGCGAUAGCCCUUUCCCAGCGCUUGGUACCACCCCUUCGGUACCAGACAACGAUUACCCAUUCAGGUCACUCGUGGCAGGACAUGUAAUAUCUACCAUUGAGAGACAUCAGAAAUACGGGUCCUCUCAAUCCACGGAUUUGAAGGUGAAAGAAGCGUCUUUGGAACUGUUGGCUGCUUUGGUACAAGGGGAAACCAAGCUUGCAACCCUCAUCCGCGGUCAUCCCGGUUUCGCGUCAGCCCUGCACACAGAUCGCAAUCAUGUGAUGGAACCGACGAGUAAUCUCUUCAUACAGCAUUUGAUUGCCCUGGUACAUUCUAGCCGGAGAAGCAUGCGCCUGGCAGCUUUGUCUUGCCUCAUAUCACUCAUCAGGUCGGGACCGGAUGGGAAUGUAGGAUCGCCGGAAGCCCAUGCAGUGACUCAACAUCUUCUGGCGGACAUUGCAAAAUUGCUACUUUCAGACAAUCUGGAAGAGAGAAUCAAGUUAAACUUCCUUCUCGCCAUGCUGGUAGCAGAUGACCCUUUAGCGCAAGCAUCUGCUUUCGAGGCCAAUCUUCCCCCCCUCAUUCUACAGCGCCUCUGUGAAGUCCCAUCCAAGCUAUCGGAUAUGCCACGGAACCUCUACUUUCGCUCGCUGGAAUCAUCUCUACUCGCGCUAUGUGCUCUUUCCACCGCUCAUGACCCUGCGCGAGUAAUGAUUUCCGAAUACCGGCCAUGCGAACGUUCACAAGAGAGGCAAUAUAUGUUACCCCAGCUUAAAUAUUGGCUGCGGAGUCAUAGCUACGGUGUCAGAGCAGCUGCGUGUCAAUUGACUCGCGCGCUGAGCAGAACUGUGGCUUUGCUACGAACAGAUAUGGUGGACGAAGAAUUAGGACCAGACAUAAUCGCAGUGUUGAGGCGAGAGCUCAUCAUGGGGAAGAGUCAGCGAAAGAACCUCAUGGGGGAGGCUGCUUGGAUCGUGGAAGUGUCUGCCACUGCAGUACUGUGCAAUAUGGUAACGGACUUUUCACCGUUUCGUUCGGUAUUAGUGCAAGAUGGGACCCUCCAACUGCUUGUGGGGCUCACAAAAUCAGAACAUCAACCUCUGGCACUCAACGCGCUUUGGGCCAUCAAAAACCUCAUGUUUCACUCUGACCUCAUGGCCAAAAGGGAUGUCAUAUCACACUUCGGGCAUGAUUGGCUUCUAGAUCUUUGUUCCGAAAAGUCGCCAGACUCGAUCAGAGUACAAGGUCUCGAGAUCAUGCAGAACAUCCUGGCUGAAGAGUGCCCUUCUACUGUAAGCCGGCUCGCCAAUGAUCUGGGCGGAGUCGGCGGCUUGCAGACACUACUUGACCUUCUGGAGGCAUGUAUAACAGGCAAGCCAGCUUUCGAUGGCCAAACUACCACAUCAAGUCUCCGUGUGCUGUCCAAUUUAGCUCUAGGCGAUGCGACAACCAGGACCGAGCUACUCGACCGUGCUGCCGUCCUUCAGUGCCUCUCGAUGAUAACAGAAUCCCCUGACGUGAAAUCACAAGUCUCCGCCAUCACAACAUUUCAGCAUUUGAUAGAGUCCUCUACCAGGCCACAUACGCCUCGAGAUGCCGUAGUCGUUGCCUUGCAGUCCUAUCAGCUUGUGUUGCGCAUGCGAGCAUCGGCUGAGAAUUCCAAGAAAGUGGACGUUGUAGACAAGGCGACGGCUGUACUCAAUCUUCUGGGAAGAGAACGAUGA